CACACUGCGCCAACACGGAGGCCCCACGAAACGUGCCAAAGAACUGGACUCGAUUCAACGCCUGCUGCACCACUUCUUCUCAAGAAGCAUCCUUAACUUCUGUGCACAUCAAGUAUGCACAUAGCAGCGCGUUUCGGCAGGGCGAUGGCGUCGUGGAGCUUGGGCGCGCAGAUUUCGAGCCUGUUUGGCUCGUUGCGUCCGCUCCGAGCAUGCGCAGCUGCGCAACCGCUGGCGUCCGCGGCAGACGCGUCGACGCUGGCUUGGCGCCGCGCCGAUGCGCCACCUUCUGAGGAGGUAUACAACCGCGGGCGCCCCCCUUGCGGCUGCGGCCCCUCCAGCCCGGACGGCCUGCACCUCAAGCCCCGCUGCAUGUCGGCAAAGGGGCAGGGGCGUCUGGAGGCACGUGUCACCAUCGCCUCCCAGUACUGCGCCUUCCCCGUCAGCGUUGAGCAGGCGGCGAACGCUAGCAUCAGCACCAGCGCCAGCACCAGCACCAGCGGCAUCGGAGCGGCCAUGGCGUGGUUACGGCACCAUUCCGACACUGCGACUGCUAGUGUGCGCCCCAAGGGCUGGGAGCAGUUGCCAGGCCGCGCGCCGCCGGGCCGUGGGCUGGUGAAGCACCGCGGCCGUGGCAGUCAGCGGCGUCCGCCUGAGCACAGCAGCCUCCGGCGUCUGGUUGACCAGCUUCACAGCGACGUUGUUCAGCUGCAGGACGAGCAGCAGCGGCAGAAGGACGAGCAGCAGCGACAGAAGCAGGAGGUCUGGGCGAAGAUGCAGCAGCUGCAGGACGAGCAGCAGCGGCAGAAGGAUGAGCAGCAGCGGCAGAAGGAUGAGCUGCAGCGGCAGAAGCAGGAGGCCGAGGCGAAGAUGCAGCAGCUGGAGGACGAGCAGCAGCGACAGAAGCAGGAGGCCGAGGCGAAGAUGCAGCAGCUGGAGGACGAGCAGCAGCGGCAGAAGGAUGAGCAGCAGCGGCAGAAGGAUGAGCUGCAGCGGCAGAAGCAGGAGGCCGAGGCGAAGAUGCAGCAGCUGGAGGACGAGCAGCAGCGGCAGAAGGAUGAGCAGCAGCGGCAGAAGGAUGAGCUGCAGCGGCAGAAGCAGGAGGCCGAGGCGAAGAUGCAGAAGUUUCGGGCGGAGGUCGCGCCCUUGCAAUCGCAGUACACGCGCAACGUUGUACAUCAAGUAGCGAAGUUCGUGCUGAGACCGGGGCGGGACGUAGCGAAGUUCGUGCUGACCCACCCGGUCCCGCCCGGGUCUCAGCACGAACUUCACUACGUCCCGCCCGGGUCUCAGCACGAACUUCGCAACUUGGUGUAUGACGUUGCGCGUGAGCUGCGAUUGCAAGGGCGCGACCUCCGCCCGCAACGUUGCACGUCAAGCACGCAACGCAAGCGCUCGCCCGACUCUACGUACGCCGACGGCGCGACAUCCGCUGCGCUCGCUGGCGUGGUCGAGAUGAGCGGGGGUGAGCUGGAGGACGGGCUGAAGGCCACGGCGCCGCUGCGGCACGCGGGAGAACACCUGGGCAAGCACCCGGGCGACCUGACAGCACUGCAGCGGGUGGUCAAGGACGCGCUGCAGGUGUGCGGUGAGCGGCCCACGGACCCGGAGCUGGCAUUCGCGCGGCGGCUCCUGCUGCGCUACCCCGCUAUCGAGAAGGCGUUCCCGUCGUGAGCGAGCUGGCGUGGCAAGAAUGUGCGGUGUGGCGCCGAGGUAUGGCGGCUGGCAGCCACGCGCCUUCCUUUUCCCCGGCGGCGCCCGCUCGGCCACGGCGGCAUGGGUGCAGGUACGCGUGCGAUCUCCGUGCGAGAGAACCAUUCUGCAUGUUUGGAUGGGGUUUUUUGUUGGAUCCGGACUCGUCGAGUGACCAGGAUGAUGGCGCUCGUGGCGGUCACUCACCUCAGCGACUGAGGCAGCCCCGACCGGUCUGGGCGCAGACCGCCUGCCUCCGCGUCUUUCUGAGCCGCCUACCUCCGCGGACUUCGUAACGUCCUCCAGGGACCUCGCAGCGGUCUCGCUCCAGGGGCUUCACAGCGCCUCAAGGGAGAUGAUGGCAUGCAGAGCGUACAGUUGCAGGCGCGUGGUGGGAGUGGCUGCUGGUCACCUGCCGAGAGGCAGGAGCCCCCGCGCAACGCUGCUGCGUGUGAUCAUAUUCCUAGUACAGCAUGAUAGGCUAUGGAGGUUGGCGGCGCGGGUGGUGUGUGUGGGCCUGCACUGCAGGUUGUGGCCAGGUGUGGGCGUGGCCGGUACCAAUUUGCCGAGCGUUGCGUGACUGUCGUGGACCAGGUUGUCAUACAUACCCGCGAAAAGCCUGGAACCCCACGGGCGACCAUUCGGCCUGACCCUGCGAUGCACCUGUAUGCGUCCAUGCUCCGCACCCUGGGCGCGCCAAACAACGUUUACCCAGCGGGGGUAGGGGCGGUUUUCGACGCGUUUGCGUGCUGCUUGCAGCGUGUGCUGUGUUCUUGGGCGCCAUGGAGUGACCUGGCUUACUAUCCUUUGUGUGCGCACGACGGUAUUUAUGCAUCCUGGUUGGCCGCUGACGGUGGGGAGGGCUGCAGACAUCGAGGGCGCAUGGGCCAGGACGGGCGGCGUUCCCGCCAUACGGGGAUUGCGACUCUUGGCAAUCCUUU